CUGCCUUGCUCUAGUUGUCUCGCGUUCUUGCCGAUCUGGCGCAAACCUGCCAACCCAUCCACUUCCUGUAGACAGCAAGUCCAUCCCUAACGGAGGAAAACAAAGAGGAAGGAAGAAUUUUAUUAAGUGUUCUAAAUAACGCGUUGUGAAGAGCAAUCUCCACUUGCCGGUCCGUCCGCAACACCCAAGAGCCCCGUCAUAUAGGUGGGCUAGAAUAACGUCUUAUGCUUUAUAUCGCGUGUGUGCUGGGAGGCCGUUGCGUCGAUCGUUGUGUAGAAGGAAAACACGCUGUGGGUGCAAAAUAAAGUGUAUUAACCCCGAAGACCUAUGGCGCGGAUGAUACCAUUGACGCUCUACUUUUCUGCAUGAAAGAGAAAUCAGUUCAAAGCGCUGAGCUUGGGAAACGAACUCAACCUACGUUAAGAUAUAUCAGAAUACCAAGUGCUUUCAUGUAUUGGAAAAAUGAGGUCUUGGCCCCUCUACCAGAGGGAGAUCAGUUUUUAUCCGAAGGAAUGCCCGCAAAACAGGUCAUUUCUCCAGGAAUGCAGCAGAGUGCACCGGGUGCCUCGCGCUGUGUGGAAGCCGAACACGUCAUGUCUCACUCUGACGGGGAAUCCCACCGAUCGAACAUGGAGAAUGGGGAACCCCACCGAUCGAACACGCGCUCCUCCCCGAGUCCCCCCUCUACUCCAUCUAUCUGCUCGCCUACCUCCACCGCCUCCUCGGUGCUGUCCACCCGGAAGAACGUGUGCGCGAGCUGCGGUUUGGAGAUCCUGGACAGAUACCUUCUCAAGGUGAAUAACUUGAUCUGGCACGUGAGGUGUCUGGAGUGUUCUGUCUGCCGGACGUCGUUGCGUCAACACAACAGCUGUUACAUCAAAAACAAAGAGAUCUUCUGUAAAAUGGAUUAUUUCAGUAGGUUCGGUACAAAGUGUGACCAGUGUGGACGCCAGAUAUAUUCCAGCGACUGGGUGCGUCGGGCCAAGGGCAAUACCUACCACUUGGCGUGCUUCGCCUGCUUCUCCUGCAAGAGGCAGCUGUCCACGGGGGAGGAAUUUGGCCUGGUGGAGGAGAAGGUGCUCUGCAGGAUCCACUACGACACCAUGGUGGAGAACCUCAAACGGGCUGCCGAGAGUGGUAGUGGCAUCACUCUGGAGGGGGCAGUGCCGUCAGAGCAGGACAGCCAACCCAAGCCUGCCAAGAGAGCACGCACCUCCUUCACUGCUGAGCAGCUGCAGGUGAUGCAGACUCAGUUUGCGCAGGACAACAACCCCGAUGCACAGACCCUGCAGAAACUGGCAGAGAUGACUGGUCUAAGCAGGAGAGUCAUACAGGUUUGGUUUCAAAACUGCAGAGCAAGACACAAAAAGCAUACCCCCCAGCACAGUGGACCCUCACAAGGCCACCCCCAGUCCCGGAUGCACCCCUCGCUGCCUGACGACCUGCAUUACUCCCCCUUUGGAAGUUCUGAGAGGGCGCGCAUGGUGGCCCUGCACGGGUACAUCGACAGCCACCCAUUCUCUGUCCUAGCGACACAGAGCCUGAACCCCCAUCAAGCAAUGUCGCUGUCCCAGCUACCCCUCAGCCGAUAUUUUAACUCCAACGGAUGCUGCCUCCAUCUUGAUAUUUUAAGUGUGUCCCUGACCUCCCAUCAGCAACCUCCUGUUUGCCUUGAUAUUUUAAGUGUGUCCCUCGACCCCAGAGGUCAAACAUGA